AUGUAUCCGAUGGUGUCUGCUUCCUUGGGCGUUUCCAGCAUCUUGCUUUCUCUGCUCUGCUCGGCUACUCUGGCGCGUCCCGAGGCUACACAGAAUUACAUGGAGCGCAUCGACCCUACGCCGCUGAAACUCGUCGUUGGUGGCUAUUCGGGGAAAAUCGUUUCGCUCGAAUUCGAUCCAUCCAAGAAGACCUUCCAGAGCCUCUCGGCCACCCCAGCCGAGUCGAGUGGGAAAAGCCCGUCGUUUAUCGGCUUCAGUCCCGACGGACGAUGCAUGUUUGCCACCAACGAAGUCUUAGAUUUCCGGGGAUUGGCCCAGACCGGAAGCGUCACCUCCUUCAAAAUCGAACCAGACAACUCCUUCCGUCCUAUCUCAACCGCUUUGACGGCUGCUGAUCCUGCUGCCCUGGCCGUAUCUCCCGACGGCAAGAACCUAGUCGCCGCUGAAUAUACCGCCGGAUCCUGGUCGAGACAUGCAUUGAACAAUGACUGUGGCUUCGAAUCAGAGAAUCCUACUCAAGUCAUGAAAUAUCACGGAUCAGGUCCUAAUCCACAGCGACAAGACCAUUCUUACAUCCACCAAGUUUCAUACAAUCGUGCGGGCGAUUUGCUAUUUGCCGUUGACCUCGGCGGCGAUGCCGUCUAUGUCCAUCGAGUGGACCCAGGUACUGGCAGGAUUGGAGAGGAGGUGGCGCAUGAAAUCAAGCUUCCUGCAGGGACCGGACCCAGACAUCUUUCGAUGGUCGAACAACGGGGAGAAUAUGACAUAUAUUUGAUCAGCGAACUGAGCAACAAGCUGUUCACGAUCCGGCUCACGGACGAGCACAACGAGCUGAAGACGACGAUCCGACAGACGCUGAGCACCGUCCCGGGCCCGGUGAGCGACGCGAGCACGUAUGCGGCGGGCGAGGUGAUGGUGAGCCGGGACGGCCGCUAUGUGUACGGCUCGAACCGACAGACAGACUUCAGCAAGCCGGGCACGGACAACUCGAUCGUCGUCUUCGCACGGAAUGUCCACUCCGGCUUGCUCGAGAAUCCGCCGAGAUGCUUCCCGCUCCCCGCCCCCGCCGGCAAAACGCCCCGCCAUUUCUCCUUCUCCAACGACCCCCGUCAGGCCUUCCUCGUCGUCGGCUCCCAACAGGCUAAUACCCUCUCCAUCUUCCGCCGUCAUUCUCAUUCAGGCGCCCUGGAGUUUCUCGCAUCCACUCCUGUCGAAUCGCCUGCUGUGCAACUCUUUCUUCCCAAUCAUCACAAGCCUUACAGUCAUAAGGAUUGA